CAUCUUCGGAGAGCAGGUAUGAAAUCUUAUAACCCACAGAUUAACCAUCACACCUCUCGUGUCUCUCGCUUCUCUGAUGUCCAACCUAGCUAUAUUCUUCGUCUUCAGUUCCUCAACGCAGAUUCUGGAGAAUCUUGGUGGCAGCAUGCAUAAAGGCAUGUAUCAUACACCCACGCCCAUGGGAUGAGGAAUGUCCCACUUCAUGCAAGCCAACCUUUCGGGUGUAAUAGUAUCAUUUUUCAUCCCUCGCGCGCGUUAUGCAAAGUCUCGGCUCGCUAUUUCUGGCCUCGACGCGUGUGGCCAACUUAUAAGUAUAUAUGCGCAACCAUCGGUCCUCUCCACGCACGGUAUUCACUCGCUUUCAAUCAUGGCAGCAACCCGUUCUGGCGUUUCUUUGCCUUCGCUUACACUUUUGUUUCUAUGCAUCAGUUCUACAACCGCAAGCGCUGUUCGCCGUCCCCAGCGCUACCCGUAUCGCGUUCUUGCCCCUCGAGAGGCGGCAGUCACUGUCCUUCCAACACCGGUCCUGUCGCCUGUUGAUACCCUUCUUGUCGAUGAGACGCAUUUGCUUGAUGCCCUCAAGAGCUACUUUGACCACAUUCGAGAACUAAUCUUCCCAUCAACACCUUCGACCUCGGACAUACCAUCAACUUCGAAUCCUACAACAUCGGAAGCAUGGACUCCUAGUUCCGUGCCUUUGAGUGCCAUAGCUCCACCGAGCUCUGGUAUCGUGGUUAUAGAAAACAUAACUACGACUGUGAUUAAUACGUUGGCACCAAGCGCUCCUCUCUUGACUGCAACUUCAGAGCCAAGUUUCCCACCUUAUGACUAGAUCUUCCCAAGCCUCUCAGUCUCGGAAGUUGGCCCUCUCUCUACAGCAUCCUCGGGAGUUCCCAUACUUUCGACCAACUUUACCUCGAGCUACAAUUUUACGGGGAUUGC